AUAUAUAUUAGACAGGACACGGCUCGUUCAUUCAGCACAGCUUGCUACUCUCGAGAGGAGGUACUAUGGAGUAUGACGAGGUCAUAAAAAAAUUUGGAAGUUUUGGAAACUAUCAGAAGCGAUUGUAUUUUGUGCUAUUUUUGCCAAUCAUUUUCAACUCCUUCAGUUCUCCAGUGACCAAUUUUCUUCUUGGGGAACAGCUUCACAGAUGUCGGGUUCCUGGCCUACCAAACGACACGUUUGAAAUCCAAAAUGAUUACCACAAAUAUUUGAUUAACUUAUCCAUACCCCUAAAGGCAGACGGUGACUAUGAACAAUGUCUGGUGGUCAAAAACGGUUCACUGGAGAAAUGUACUGACUGGGUGUACGACCGUUCCAUGUUUACCAAUACUGUCAAUUCACAGUUUAACUUGGUCUGUGACCAGAAGUUGAUGCGGUCCCAUGCUGUCAUGGCGUAUUUCAUUGGAACAGUAGUAUCAACCGUCGUGUUCCUUCCAUUAGGUGACAUAGUGGGCCGCCGGUACAUGGUCUGUAUAAGCACAUCCCUUACCUUCAUCGCCAAUAUUGCUAUGCCAUUCUCCACCAGUGUAUUCAUGUUUUCUGUUUGUCGAUUCUUCGAUGGUUUUUGCGGAAACUGUCUUUACAUGGCGUCUUUCAUUAUAGCUAUGGAGUUUGUCGGGCCAAAACAUCGCAUAAUAUCCGGUACUUGUAUCCUGUUAGUAUAUUGCCUAGGCGAGUAUAUUCUUCUCUUACUUGGAUACUUCAUUCGAGACUGGAAAUGGCUACAAUUCACACUGGCUGUUCCUAUGGUCAUUCCUUUAAUAUAUUGGUGGCCUAAGGUCUUGCCAGAAUCACCUCGUUGGUUGAUCUCCCGACAACGCUAUCGAGAGGCUCUGAAAAUUCUCCGAUACGCUGCCAAGGUAAACAAAGUCGAACUCGACGAAAGCAACUGCUCCAAUGUCAACGUUGGACACGAUGACGGGAUUCUGAAAAUUAUAAAGGAACUGAUCAGAACUCCAAAACUUGUGAUCCGGUCCUGCAUUAUGCUGAUGAAUUGGUUUGUUAUAUCGUUCAUCUACUACGGUCUUACCAUAAACAUGGGAAAGCUUGAUGGGAACUUGUACGUUAACUUCUUAGUUGGAGUGACUGUCGAAGGACUUGGUUAUCUUCUCUGUUUCGUGAUGAACAAGACGGGUAGAAAACCCCUGCACUUAACAGUGAUGUUUGGAAGCGGAUUUGGCUGUUUGCUAUCUAUUUUGCCUGCGCUGUUCUUAGAUUCAUCUUACACCUGGCUUUUGGUUGCAUUCGCUAUGAUCGGGAAGUUUGGAAUCUCGGCUGCUAUUGGUGAAAUCUACAUUUACACCGGAGAGCUGUUCCCUACUGUAGUUCGAAGUUUCAUUCUAGGCUUCUGUGGAGUUGGAGCGCGAGUCGGGGCAACACUUUCUCCAUAUAUAUACCAUUUAGCUGACGGAAGAUUUGGGGAAGCUCUUCCUUUGAUAAUAUUUGGAGGUUCAACCAUUAUCGUAGCAGCUCUGUCUAUUAAACUUCCGGAGACGAAGGGUCGUAAGCUCUUGGAAAAGGUCAAGGACGCAGAGCACGAGGACGACAUUAGCAGUGAUGAGUGCGAGAAAGAAAUGUUUUCAACUAAUGAGAAGCUUGAAUAUACGAGCAGUGAAUCCUCACAGUUAUAAAAUGCUAAUUUUUUUUUAUUUAAAAUUAGAAGCUUUAACUUGUGUGAACUUUAUAUAUAUUUGCUUUAUUCAUGCCACAUAUAAACAAUUGAAUCACA